AUGUCGGGUUCAAAGAAGACCUUUCCUAUGUGCGGCGUCUCAUAUGUGAGCCGCAUCGAGCACGAAUACCUUCAUAGUAAGAAGUUGUCCGUUUGUGCCAAUUGUCUGGCUUUAGGCUUUCAAAAGCCUCUCAAACGUUGCAACGGAUGCUUGUUGAUUGAUUAUUGCUCCAAAGAGUGCCAAAAAGCUCACUGGUCCAGGCACAAGUCGUUUUGCAAUCUUGUGCAAGGCAAAGGGGCGGAGAAUGCUUUUCUGUCUUCCUUCAGCCGCGAUGAGGUAUUGAGGAUGAUUAUCGACGCUUAUCGAUUGAGAGUCGAAACCGAUCAUCUAUCGCGGGAGGAGGACCAUGGUAUAUAUUAUCCCGGAAAGCCCAUUGACGACUUAGUCUGGGCCAAGGGCGAUGCACUCGAGGAUUUUCAGCGGUUUCUUGACUUGUUGGAAGGCUCCCACAUCCUGCCUAAAUGGUGGCAUAGCGAAGAUCGCAUGGAAUGUCUCUCACUAGCAAUCGAAAAGGACGAUCCGGAAUCAAUCUUCAAGCCUCUCAAUCAAGCUGAGCUUCCGACCCGAUAUGGGGGAGACAUGUCCAUACGUGUGGCACUUUCGAUCCUCGCAGAAAUGGUCGUCGGUUAUGACGGCAAAGGUACAGCAAAAGACGACACUUGGUUUCAAGAAUUUCAGGAAUUCCUCGAUCUCCAUCCUCAGGAAAGAGCUCGCCUAAUCAAGGGUAGCAUAGAAAUGGCAGAACAGGUCUUAAAAGAGCAUGGAAGCCAUUUUCAGGAAAGUUCGACCUAA